AGUAGACCUUUGUUACACUGUACAGGUUUAAAAGGGGAAAAGAAAUAUGAUGGCUUAUUUUGUAAACUGAUUGUAUUUGCAGUUGAUUGACCAUAAAAUGGGGAAGCAAAAAAAAAAAAAACACUGUUUUACUCCCUUUCUUUGAGUCUCUCUCAUUUAUAACGUAGUUGAUUUUUUUAAAUAGGCCUGGUGGACUUCUCUAGCUGCUGUCAGGCACCAUAUCAACUAUUAGACACAUUUAUAAAUCAGUUCAUUAAUAGAGACCUGUGAGUUAACUUGAAGUGGGAAGUUCUAUUGUUAUAGAAAAUGCAAUCAAAGUCAGCAAUGUAAUAGCACCAUGUUAUAAAUACACACUAUAUGGUGUGGUAUAUAAGUAUACACUAUAUGGCCAAAUGUUUGUGGACAAAUGACCAUCGGAUUCAAAUGUGCUUUUUGAACAUCUCAUUCCAGAUUGAAUGAGUUGAGGUCUGAGUUGUGCCAACACUUUGCACAUUAAAUACACCGAAGACAUUUGGAUUUGAGAUCAAACUAUGAGUAUGAGACAAGAGAUCAGAAUUUCAGCUUUAUUUUCCUAAUAAUUAUUUCUAGAUGUGUUAAACAACUUGAACAUGGCACCUUUUGUUUGAACCCACCCAUUUUUCAAGUGAUCAGAAAUAUUGGAAUGUGACUUACAGGUGUUGCCCAGGUGUGCCCUGUUAGAUUGAUUGAUUAAAAAUUAAUAACUCUGAAAGUCUACUCUUGGUUUGAGCCCUGUGUUUCACCUGUGAAGACUGUGUUUCUUGUUAAAAAGGAUAAACAAACAUGAAGACCAGAGAGCUGUCUAUGGGAGAAAGGCAAGCCAGUUUGAAGCUGAGAAAAGAGGGAAAAUCAGUCAGAGCCAUUGCACAGGCAUUGGGAUUAGGCAAUACAACAAUUUGGAAUGUCCUGAAAAAGAAGGAAACCACUGGUGUACUAACAACCAGACAUGGAACAGGUCGGCCAAGGAAAAGAGCAGCAGUUGAUGACAAACACUGUGAGAGCUAUGAAGAAAAAACAGAAAAGCAGAAAUAUAGAGGAAAUACCACAAGAUGCAAACCACUCAUGAGCAGUAAGAACCAGAAGGGCAGACUGGAAUUCACAAAGUACUACAGAGAGGAGUGACAACAGUUAAAAUUAUUCUCUAUGAAUGUGUUAGAAAGGCCAACGUGUGCAGAAAGAAAGGAUCUGCUCAUGAUCCAAAACAUACGAGCUCAUCGGUCAAGCAUGGGCUUACUAAUCUUUAUUGAUGAUGUAAGUCUGUAACUGAUAACUGAUGAGAUAACUGAUCAGCAAAAUGAAUUCCGAAGUCUGCAGAAAUAUUCUGUCUGCCAAUUUACAGAGAAAUGCAGCUAAUCUAAUUGGGAGGAACUUCAUCAUGCUGCAAGACAAUGACCCAAAACACACUGCUAACCCAACAAAGGACUUCAUCAGGGGAAAGAAGUGGAAGGUUUUAGACUGGCCAAAUCAAUCACUAGAACGUAACACAGUUGAGCAUGCAUUUUACCUCCUGUAGAGGACACUGAAGGCACAAGCCUGGAAAAGCAUCACAACAGAAGAAUGCAACAGUUUGAUGUCAGUGGGUCGCCGGCUUGAUAUAGUUAUUGCAAGCAAGGGAUAUGCAACCAAAUAUUAAGUGUUAUUUACUUUAAGACUAUCAGCCAUAAGUUGUUUAACACAUCUAGAUGUAAAUUUCAGGAAAUGAAAGCUGAAAUUCCCAUCUGUGGUCUCACAUUCAUCUUUUGAUUUCAAAUCCAAAUGUCUUCAGUGUAUAGCAGAAACAAUUGAAUUGCCAUUGCCUUGCCCUUCCAGUACUUUCAGAGGGGACUGUAUGGGUGUGAUGGUCAGGUGUCCACAUACUUUUGGCCAUAUAGUGUAUCUCAGAUCUGAUUUGGUGGACUGGAUUGAAAUAUAUUUUAAACACAGCUUGGAUGAACGUACACCUGUAAUUUCACGUGGAUAAUCUUUUAUUUGGACUUAAUUCUUAUACUCAAGACCAAAAUGACAAGGUUUACACACGAUCUACAUUUAUAUUAUUUAUAUUCUACAGGGUGUCCCAAAAGUCUCCAUAUGUAGGGGAAAUUAACACUUUUUAGCAAAAUGUAAAAACAUCCGCUACGUGAUUGCCAUUUCUUUGUAAACACACACAGAGUCGUCUUUCCCACUCAUGAUGAACUCGUGUUAACACAUCUGGUGUCCUGCAUGUAAUUGCAUGUCCAUCGCAAUCUUGCGCCAGCUUCCCGAUCGCGCCGUGAAAAUGAUUUCAAUAUGUUCUUCUUUUUUCAAAGGCAUUCUUAAACGAUACCUGAAAAAUAUUAUAUAAAUAUAUAAGUAUGAAAUAUUUUGGAAGACAUUUUGCUAAAACAUGGUAAUUUCCCCUAUGUAUGGAGACUUUUGGGACACUGUAUAUUGGUAAUCCAUAUAAUCUCUGUUCAGAUGGGUUGCUUUAAUGCUAGAAAGAAAAAAAAUUGUGAAAGCCGUUUCAGUUUUGGUUGCAGUUGCUUGUGACAAAUCAGGUCUCGUGGGGGUCCCCUGUAUAUGAUUGUGCCAAACAUACAAACUGAACAACAACCAUCUGAGCAUGUGCAGUCCAAACAUUCUUCCUCUAAUAACUCUACUGAAUUGAAUAUUGAACUAAACUUAUUCAACAUUGAAAGUUUUUGAGCAUGUUAAUUUAUACUACAUGGCAGUCUAUGAUCGUCCAAUCUGAAAUUACUUUAACAGUAUAGAUGAUGACAUCACAAAAUAAACCACUAUAUUUCAUCCCUUGAAAUGUGUACCCCUAACAUAAAGUUCAUUCUUAGCCCCUUGCUACCAUUCGGUACCACUGAUACCUUAGAGCCUUCAUUUUAUUUUUUUAUUAAAGCAUCACCAUUAAGAACACAAACAAAUGCGUCCUUUCCAAUGUCUGAAGAUACAUCACUGAAAGUAAGUCUAAGAAAUUUGAUAACAUUUCCGAGGUCCUGCUGUGAGCUCUAUUUUUAAUCAUAUUAGCACUUUUAUCGUGUUGUAGUAAUACUUCUGAAAAGCUUGAUGAUUACUGAUUCAACAAUCAAUCUAUAAGAAACUAUAAAGAGUAUUUAAUUAUAUGGAAGCCUUACCGGAAAAUAAUACUUUCCGGCUUUUACCUGAUUACAAAAACCCUCAAAUAUGGUUUAGGGCAGUGAUUGGACAGUGAUUGCAUUUCAGUGUGGCAUGGCUUUAACACACUGAUAAAAGUGAAAUGCAAUGCAACAGGGAAUUACGUUUCUGACAUAAGUUCUUAAAAAAAAAAAAAACUAAUUCCUGCUGAAGGGAUCAAGCUACAUAAGAGCAACGCAACAAAGGUUUUGCUUUCCAAUGUGGUACAUUCUCUAGGUGUCUCUAAUGAAAGGCUCUACAGUUUAUGUGUUGUCUGGCACAGAAUAUUCUCCAUACUAAAGUACAUAGCAUUUAAAAUAAACUUAAAUAGAUAGAAUGAUCUUCUAAAUCUGGUCCAAAAAGUCCAGGAUCUCCAUUGGGGUUUAAUCCAACCACAAUAACUUAAAAACACGUCGCCUGUAAAUAAUGUCAACUUGGACAUAAUGUGUCCUCUCUGUGGAAAGUUCAGGAAUAAAACACUCUGUGACUCCAAUAAAUAGCCAGAAUAUUAUUGAACACAUUUAAAUUAUGAGCAGAAUAAUUGGAUUAUGUUCAUAAAAUAAAUCUGUACUGAGGGGAUCACUGGAAUUCAUUUUAUGGUUAAACGGGUCCCGGCAUGCAAAAGUUUUAGUCUCUCACUCUUGUACAAACCAGGAUUAGUCACAUGUCUUUCAGGUUAUAGUAAUUGAUAGUGUCCAGCAGCACUGUAACAUCACGAAAUUAUAAGAUCAAGAACCUCUGGUUUUAAUUCAUUAACCCCUAGGUUUCCCCAGAUCCCACUUUAUGAACCCAGGAUCUAGAUAACCAAGAAAUGUUUCUUAUUUCCUUGAAGAAAACAUUCUGUGAAUUUCACAGAAGUCCAUAAAUCCAUUGAAACCCCAUUAUAAACCAUGGCUUUACAUGGCUACCACUAGGUCACCACAAUGAGAGACCACAAGACUCCCAUUAGAAAACCAGGAGGGCAAUGGUCAGCCAGUGGUCAACUGUUAAACCAUUAGGAGCUUUAUAUAGGGUUAUAUCCCAAGUUAAUGCAUAGCCAGACUGUUUACAAUGGGGUGGCCAGGUUAUACCCAGUGACUUUAUUGGGGUCAGGCUAGUACUAAUCUGCAUCCGUACAAAAUGACAUAAUGUGGCUACUCCUCAAUGUGUAUGGCCUGAGUAUAAUCCCCAUCGGACAAAAAGGCACAACAUUUGUUUGUCGUCUAGCAAGCUACAAAAAAAAGUCACAGCUAACAUAACAUUAGGCUACAUCUAAUAAAGUAUGCUAGCUCUAGGAAUUCAAUAGCACUAGCUAAAUGUAGCUAAUAACGAACUGAAGAAAUCUAAUAUUAUGCCUCCAAAUAAUGUGGCCAGGGAAUAGUUCGCAUCUGGGAUCAGUAGCUACACUAGGUUGUUCCUAAACAUCAUUAAACCAUUGGAGAAUGUUGAAAUGAACAUUUACAUUUCACAGAGAUGUAGCUGGCGUUCCAUUAUUAUUCAAACUAACCUAUCACAGAGAGAUUUAGAAGUUCAGGUUCAUGUCACAUGACACAUCAUGGGCAAUUUAGUAUAGCCAGUCCACCUACCUGUAUGUUUCCUGACAGUGGGAGGAAAUUGGAGAACUCGGAGGAAACCCAUAGACUGUAACCCAAGCUCAGGAUCGAGCUCAGCUCUGAGGGGCUGUGCCAAUGUGCUGCCAUUAAUAAUAAUAAUAAUAAUAAUAAUAAUAAUAAUAAUAGGAAGAAGAAGAAGAAGAAGAAUGUCUUACUGGGGUGGCCAUGCUUCAUGCUAGGGUGGUCUUGGCUUCCUCUUAGCUACACCCAUGUACUUGCCAUUGAUCUCUGAUUAUUUUUUUAUUUAUUUAUUUAUUUUUUUGUACUUUAAUGGUUGCCAGAGUGUUGAUGGCGAGUGUGCUUCCGAAAUGUGAUCGUGAUGCAGCAUCAGCAGCUUCUCGCAGCUCGUCCUCUUUCGUUUCCCAUGAUGCCACGCGGCUUAGGUGUCUGUUCGCGGUGCUGAAGCUGCGCGUGCCGGGGUGAGUGUGUGAGUGAGUGAGAGAGAGAGAGAGAGAGAGAGACGGGGAAAAGGCUGAGCUCAGUAGUCGCGCGAGGCAUCCGUGCAUCCCUCCUCCUCCUCCUCAGCAUCAUAACGAGAAAACAGUCCAGGAGAAUAACACGAUUAAAAGAAAAAAUAAACAUAAUCUCCUAUUUGUCUUUUCUCUGUUGCUUUUUUUUCGGUUUUGGUGGACGUGCCCUGUUUUCACUGGCAAGGAUUUUUGGCUUUUUUUGGUGCGAGGUCGGCGUUAUCAGCGCACCGCGUCCUUUAUGCACAGCACGCUGCUCCAGCCUGUAAAGCGGAGCCAGGCCGCGGGUGGAGACGGAGGCGGCGGCGGCGGCGGAGGAGGAGGUGGUGGUGGUGGAGGAGGAGGCGGAGGACCCGGAGCACGAAGCGCGGAGAUGGAGGCCAAAAUCCAAAAGGCGAUCGACUUCAAACUGGAGGGUCACCGCUGCUACAAGGAGAAGAAAUUCCGCGAAGCCAUCGGCAAGUACCACCGCGCGCUGCUGCAGCUGAAAGGCGUGCAGGUGGCGGCGGGCGGCGGCGGCGGCGGCGGAGACGUGGAGCUGCUGAACCGAGCCACCGCCGAGCAGCUCUCCGAGGAGCAGCGACGCGCCGUCAGGAGCACCGAGAUCGAGUGUUACGACAGUCUGACAGCAUGUUUGCUUCAAUCGGAGCUGGUGAAUUAUGAGAGAGUGAAGGAGUAUUGUUUGAAAGUCCUUGGUCAUCAGCAGGACCAUUUCAAAGCCAUGUACCGCGCCGGCAUCGCCUUCUACCAUCUGGGAGACUAUGAUUGCGCCCUGCGCUACCUCCGCGAUGCCAAGAGCCGUGAACCCACAGACACAAAUGUGCUGCGAUACAUCCAGCUGACGGAGAUGAAGAUGAGUAAGAGCGGUCAGCAAGUGCGGGAAAGCAACAAAGAGGCUCUGGGUUAAUCUCUGCCCAUUCCUCUGUUUAUUUGGCCAUCCUCUCCACAAAUCUCUCCCUCCUUUUCCCUCUACAGCCCUCAUACUAUGGACUACCAGGACCCCUGUACUGUGCCCUUUAGUGAAGAUGGACUGCUUUUGGCACAGAAGCCCCUCGAUUCACCCUCCCGCUCUGAAUCCUCUCUGUCCCUUUAAAACCAAACCGCCCCGGUGCUUUCAGUUUCCCAGGUACUGACUGACAAAACGAUAUGGAAAAAAAAGCGACAAAGCAACAAGAACCACUGAAAGUCUGUAGGAAAAUUCACACGGACUUGAUAAAGGACAUUAUAUAUUAUUGGGGAGGUGGACGAGCAGUGAAGUGUAGCUAUAGAGAGGUGGAGGUGUAUUACUGUGUGGCCACCAUCUUUAACUAUAAAAGAGCACACAUAUCAAAGCCACAGUGCUGCGCCACAACAAAUGCUAAGUAGGGCCUAGGAUUAAGCAGAUGACCUUUGAACUCAAGCGCACUCCAUCGCACACCUCCUUCUUCCUGGCUGAAGGGAACAGGAGAGAAAAUGCAAUUCCGUCUCGCCGGAUACUACUGAUCUCUUUGCCUGCGUUUUCAUUUAUUCCUGGUUGUAAUUAUUUUUUCCUUCUCUCUCUCUCUCUCUUUCUCAAAUUUGGCUGUAUUUAAUCUUUUUUGAACUGUUUCAAUUCAAGGGCUAAUUCUAAGGUUUGUAAUUCGUCCUUUGAUUUCGAGCACGUUUUCUUUCCGUUCGCUGCUCGUUGUACAAUAGUAGCAUUUGUUUAAGCAAGUUUGUGAUGUUUUUGUCUUUCUCCAAGGAACAAAAAAGCAAACGCUGCCCUGAAGUUAACAACUGUUUCGUGAACCCGUGUCAUUGAUCUCCUUUUACUCCCGGCAGAAUGUCAGACCCCGCCCCUCUCGGAGAUUGACCAUUGACAGUAUUUCUGAACGUGGCGAAUUCUGCAGGGUUUUAUAGAGUUAAAUAUUAUAGUGCAGCCUUGCUCAUAUGCUUUAUGCUUUACGUAGUCACAUCUGUAUUACUGUGUGCCAUGUGAUAUCAAGUGCCACUAUUAAUGAUGUUUUUAUCAGCCUUGCAAAUCAACUUUUAGUCCUCUUUUAUACAUUCCUCUAAAUUUUUGUCCCCAUCUCCGUGUCACAAAUUGAGCAAAAGAAAGCAACCAGAUUGACAAAUUUUCAUUUUAAUGAUCUCACUGGCUCUCAGUGGCUGUAGCAAGGAAUUGGGUUUAAUUUUGUACAGAUUCGAACAUUUAAAUCACCAUCAAUGUCCACCGACCCAAAUUUACAGCAUGUCCCAAACUGGAAGCAUCCAUAAUUAAUGUUGAUCUCCAUUUUUCUGCUCUGCUAAAGAACCCGUCUGCUGUUAAAUCACAGGUAGCCAUAUAAUCUAUGUCUAAAUAAGAACUUCUUAGUGCAAUCACUCUUAGCUUCCAGUUUGCAUUAGCAACCACAACUAGUCGGCUGAGACAUUUCUGCCUGACCUGAUACGAGAGAGAUAAUGGUGUCAGUGUGACUCUGGGGGACGCCGAGCAUGGAUUCAGACGAGGAGAGACUCUGAUGAGAUGUAGAACACCGAGAGGGGAGACUCUGAGCCACUGUGCUCACCGUGUUGGUGAGAUAUAAGGGUAGGACGUGAUCAGAAUUAUUGCUUUCAACUUUUUGAGGCACAGAGUGACCUGAGAAACAAAAUGCUCGCUUGCUUUCUUCACGGCUCCUUGAUUCCCCAGCUUUUCUAGAUCUUUCUGUAUCAUGUUUGUCGCCCUGACUUUUGGAUUUUUAUGCCUUUUUAUUUUUUUUUUUUUUGGUUGAUUAUUGAAUUUUUUUAUGUAAAGGGCAAAGACGAUAGCGAUGCAUCAGUGGAGUCUGGGUCAUUAGCUCUGUUAAACGUGUCUCUUAUGUCCCCGUGUGCUGGCUGUCUUUGGUCAAAUGGUUACGACACAGGAUUGUGUGAUUGUUGUCGCCCGACAGCAACAGAAGCACAAACUAAGAGGUUGGAUGGACAAAAGUGAAGCGGUUAGCCGUGCUCGUUUUCUUUGAUGUCACUUGAGGUAGGUGUUCGUUGAAUGUUCAAAUAGAUACGUGUGGUUUUGAAACAGAUGUACAACAAAAAAAAAACAAUGGUUGUGGAGAGCUUUACUUUAUGGAAUUGUUUUAUCAAUAUAUGAGAAAGAAAAUUAAAUGAGAUUAUGAAAAAAAUAUAUAUAUUUAAAGAUCAAAAAGGGGCAACUUUGUAUCUGUGUAUAUGUUAAAAAUUUCUCUUCUGUUUAUUGCCUUUUUCUGUGAUGUCAAAACUUCGGUCUUGUCUAAAUCGCAGUCCAAGGGUUUGGGGGUAUGACCUUUGACCUCCCAAGUGGGAUCCUAAGAGUGAGAAGUGUAUAAUUAUGAUAAUAAUAAUGAAGAAGGAAGUAGUUGAAGGGGUGAGGGUACCCUGCAGACCUGAACACAAAGGAACAACUCGCUGGUUUCUUUUUUCAUUCAUUCGUCUGUUCUGGAGAGAGCGACUCGGACCUUCUGGUUGUUAUGGUUCUUAUCCCACUGUCUUGCUGGUCCACGUUUUGCCCCUCAGCGAGAGUGUCUCAUCGGAAGAUCUGAGAACUGGUUACAUUUACCUGCAAGCCCAGGAAUGCACUAUUGAUAUGUAUUUGAAGACAAAUAAACUUUAGAAAAAUAGAAAGAGCGUCUUGUCUGGUUUUUGCCUCGUU